GGCGCUGAGAGGCCUCGCGGCCGGGCCCGGGCUGGAGCGGGGGGUGCGCGCCGCCGCCCAGGAAGAUGGAGCCCACAUCGGUGAGAACCAAAGUGCCCUCCUUCCUUUCCGACCUGGGCAAGGCCACGCUGAGAGGCAUCAGGAAAUGUCCCCGCUGCGGCACUUAUAAUGGCACCCGUGGGCUGAGCUGCAAGAACAAGAACUGCGGCACCGUCUUCCGCUACGGCUCACGCAAGCAGCCCGGGGUCGAUGCUGUUAAGAUCAUCACCGGCUCCGACCUGCAGCUCUACUCGGUGCGUCAGCGGGACCGGGGCCCGGAUUAUCGCUGCUUUGUAGAGCUGGGUGUUUCAGAAACGGCCAUCCAGACGGUGGACGGGACCAUCAUCACGCAGCUCAGCUCCGGCCGCUGCUACGUCCCGGCUUGCCUGAAGGCGGCCACGCAGGGUGUGGUGGAGAAUCAAUGCCAGCACGUCAAACUGGCCUUGAACUGUCAGACCGAGGCCACCCCGCUGACCCUGAAAAGCUCGGUGCUCAACUCCAUGCAGGCCUCUCCCGAAAUGAAACAGACUAUUUGGCAGCUGGCCACGGAGCCCACGGGGCCACUGGUGCAGAGGAUCACCAAAAGCGUCCUGGUGGUGAAGUGUAAGGCCAGCCAAAAGCACAGCCUGGGCUACCUGCACGCCUCCUUCGCCCAGAAGAUGAGCACGAAGACGCUGGCGGAGCACAGGUUCUUCUGCUCCUGCCAGACCCUGAAGCCUGGCAAGGCCGCCUCGGCCAAGGAGGAGGCAGCAGCACAGAGGUGCAUUCACUUCUUCGCCUGCAUCUGUGCCUUUGCCAGCGACGAGAGCCUGGCCCAGGAGUUUGCCGACUUCCUCACCCACGACUCAAGCGGUGUGAAGGGGGUCGCCGUCCCUCCGCUGCUGUGCGGCCCCGAGUCCACCCUGCAGGCUGGCGAGGCUGCCAAGGCCAAGAAGAGGAAAAAGGAGUUGACGGGCGGGCCUCUCCUGGCUCAGGACACGGCCGGCCUAAGGAGAAGCAGCCUGAAGAAGCCCACGGUUGCUGCCUCGCUGAAAAGGCAAGGUUGUAACCAACUUCUGGACGAGUCACAAGUUACCCUGUCCUUCCAAGACUGGCUGGCCAGCGUCACUGAGCGCAUCCAUCAGACCAUGCAUUACCAGUUUGAGGGGAAGCCCGAGCCGCUGGUGUUCCACAUCCCACAGGCUUUCUUUGAUGCACUGCAGCAGAGGAUAUCCAGUGGGAGUACAAAGAAGAGGUUGCCCAACUCCACUACAGCGUUUGUCCGCAAAGACGCCCUUCCCCUGGGGACCUUCUCCAAAUACACGUGGCACAUCACCAACAUCCUGCAGGUCAAGCAGAUCUUCGAUACGCCCGAGCAGCUGCCUCUGGAAAUCACACGAAGCUUCAUCCAGAACCGGGACGGCACCUAUGAGCUCUUCAGGUGCCCCAAGGUGGAGGUGGAGAGCAUCGCUGAGACGUACGGGCGCCUGGAGAAGCAGCCGGCCAUCCGCCCGCUGGAGCUCAAGACCUUCCUCAAAGUGGGAAACACCUCUCCCACCCAGAAGGAGCCCACGCCGUUCAUCAUUGAGUGGAUCCCCAACAUCCUACCUCACUCCCACAUCGGAGAGCUGCGCAUCAAGUUUGAGUACGGGCACCAGGGUGGCCGUCAGCCCCCCACCUCCUUCCCCACCCAACAGCCACCAGCACUGGAGCCCACCCUGGAACUCGCUCCACUCACCACCAUCACCUUCCCCUGAGCUCCAGGGCUGCACUCCAGAACUGCCACCACGGCCACGUCAGCCAGAAAGAGAGAAAGAAACCAAGCACAAAGCUGCUGCCGCACCUGGAAAAAAUAAAAAGUGCUGCUCA